AUGAAAAAUGAAAUUGAUAGGUUGUCGGACCUUGAGGAUGAAGUCUUGGCCCAGCUUGGGACAAUAAGAGCCCUAAAAGAAAAAAAACAACAAGAACAAACAAAUUUGGUAAAUUCAGAUGAAGAGGAAGAUCCAAGACAAAUUAACGACAAUGAUCAGCAGACGAAAUACUUUGCAAAAAGAACAUCCAAAAUCUCAAAGAACGAAAAAUCAUUAAGAAGAAGAUUAGAUGAUGAAAAGGGCAGGAAAGGUUCAACCUUCCUAUCAUUAGCAAUGAGUCUGAGGAAGAAAAAAUCUGAAAUUGAUGAUGAGUUAUUUGAUCAGAAGAAGGUAGAACAAGAUCUUUUGUCAAAAAGGUUUUACUCGUUUGAGCUUGGUAGUGAUUUUCAUCCAUUACAACAGAAUGUAAACGAAAAAGAUAGCUAUAGUGGAAAAAUACUAUCAAUUCGAUACAUUUCCAAUCAACUAUUGAAAAAUUGCCUCAAGGACUGUAAGAUAAUGAGAAUAGAAAAUGCCUUUGCGGACAUAGUCUCUCCAGAUUAUAAUCCCCCCCUAUGCUCUAACUUUGUCAUUUUUGGAAUAAUCGCAAAUAAGACAAAUGAAGUGACAAAGAGUGUGGGAAGAAAGGCAAAGUACAUGAAGGUGACACUCACAAAUUUUAGACAGCAGCUUACGCUAUCUCUAUUUGACAAAGCACUAAAAAGAUACUGGAAGCUAAGAGUUGGAGAUGUGAUUGGGAUUCUCAAUCCUCAAAUUUGGCCAUACAAAGCGAAGGGUUUUGGCAACGGGUUUACCAUAUUUUUGAAAGAUAAUGCACAAUCAAUUAUUGAAGUUGGCCACAGUAAGGACUUUGGCUUUUGUAAAGCCGUUAAGAAAGACGGAUCAAAAUGUAAGGUUCCCAUUGACAUUUCAAAAAGUGUUUACUGCGAAUAUCAUGCCGAGCUUCAUUUUAAAAGAGCAGCGUCACAAAGAGUGGAGCUAGGAAGCAAUGUUCAAAUGUUUAGCCCAAGAAACAGUCACGGUGAAAAGCAAGUUAUGCUGAUGAACUCGGAUUCAAAGAAAGUCGGAAAAUGGGAUAAUCGUGAUCAAGUUUUAAUUGAUUAUUCUGCACCAAAGAAAAAGGAAAAAAAUCCCGGGUUUUCGACUCCAGAGGCAUUCAAAGCAUUUUUCAAUGAGCACUACACUAAUAAGUCUUCUGAAACAAAGGCUGAAAGAGAUAAAGCUCAAAGAGAUUCUUUUAGAAGAGAGAAGAAUUUAAGAAGAAAGCUGGCAAAAGUUAGCGGUGGUGAGAAUCUUCGGAAUUUAAGAAUUGAGAGUAAAGGGGAAAGAAAAAAGAGAAUUCAGGUGACUAGAGCAGCAUUUUCUCCGUCUACCAUGAAUCAAAUAGGAUUUGAUCCUACAAGACGAAUCUACGAAUUUGGUAAAGCAUCCAGUGAUAAUAUCAGUGGCGGACGAACAAAGAGGAUACUAGAAACUCUUAAAAAAGAAAAUAGUUCAACAAGAAAACAUUUGAAGCCAUCCAAGGAAUACUUAGAAGCAAGAAAGAGGAAAUGGAGUGCGAAUAUGAAGGAACUUUAUAUACCGAAAAGAAAAACCAAGAAGAAAGAAAGCACAAAGUUUGUCAACUUGAUUGCUGAAACAGAUAGUGAUAGUGACUCUGAGAAUGACGACUUUAUCUUUGAACUGCAGAAACUUGAUAAUGAUGCCGGAAGAAAGUUUUUAGCUCAGAAAAAGAAGCGAUCAGAGAUAAGAAAUAGUUUAUGA